AGAGAAGGGAGCUGGGAUGAUAGAAAAGCUGCCACACUCACUGAAGGGGGCUGAAUGAAAUCAUUACAUACUUGUUCGAUAAUAGUAUACCCCGGUCACGUCUCCCUGCAAGUGCAUUUCACUGGAAUCACUGAGCAGAAGCAAAGAAGAGCUGAUGACUAUGUGCUGCCGAAGCAGGUUGCGGGAGCCCUGUAUUUUCCACUGGCUGCAGUUUUCUGUUUUAUUUGCAGCUUCUCCCAUCUGGAAUAUCAAAGUGGGAUUGAAGUAGAUAAUUGUUAGCAGCGGGUUUAUGAGAGAGACUGCGGGGAACAGAAUGCCUCUCACACAGCACAAACUGCUCUGUCUGAAAGAGCUGUGAAUAGAUGAUUCUUAGAUGUUACCCACAUCUAAUGCUCCUGGAAACUUUACAGUGGAAAUGAGCCAUUGCGCCCAGUUCUUUGGUUAACAACCAAAAGGGGCAAGAAGGGGGCAGCAGGGCUGAACAAUGGGACACCUUGUCCUUGGAUUUCUCACAGAAAAGCUAGCAAAUGUUUCCCACCGCCUUUCAGUGAAAAGAGCGUGAACGCUACAAUGAACUGAAUUCGACCCAACAGAGCUCAAGUAAGCUUUUUCCACAAGGAUGGGAUACAGUGACCCCUCAUCAAGCAGGGACUUGCUGGGGAACAGAACUUUGUUCUUCAUCUUCAUCUGCGCUUUUGCUGUGGUCACUUUGCUGCAGCAGAUCCUGUAUGGGAGAAACUAUCUCAAGAGAGGGCUGCAGUUUAGCUGGCAGAGUGGAGAGGAAUUGGCAAAUUGGACCGGGACCUUUAAUUUCACGGAUGAUGGAGCAGUGAAGAGUGGCAGUGACACAGGCACCAGGUACUUUGAGUUUUAUGAAGGACCUUUUGAAUACAACUCCACCAAAUGCCUGGAAUUAAGACAGGAUAUCAUUGAGGUGAAAGUGCUCUCUAUGGUGAAGCAAACUGAAUUGUUUGACAGGUGGAAGAGCCUACAGAUGUGCAAAUGGGAGAUGAAUGUUACAGAAGCCCACCUAUUCAAGUCAACGUUGUCAAGAUGUUGCAAUGCCCCUGCCUUUCUGUUCACCACACAGAAAAAUACUCCCCUGGGAACUAAAUUGAAAUAUGAAGUAGAUACUAGUGGAAUCUUCCAUAUCAAUCAAGAAAUCUUCAGAAUGUUUCCGAAGGAUAUGCCGUACUAUCGCUCCCAAUUUAAGAAAUGUGCUGUGGUUGGGAAUGGAGGGAUUCUCAAGAACAGCAGAUGUGGACGGGAGAUUGACAGUGCAGAUUUCGUAUUUCGAUGCAAUUUACCUCCUAUAUCUGAGAAAUAUGUCGUGGACGUUGGUGUAAAGACAGACAUUGUGACAGUCAAUCCCAGCAUUAUUACUGAAAGAUUCCAUAAGCUGGAGAAAUGGAGGAAACCUUUCUAUGAUGUGCUACAGGUUUAUGAAAAUGCAUCGGUGCUGCUGCCUGCUUUCUACAACACCCGCAACACGGAUGUCUCUAUCCGGGUCAAAUACGUCCUGGACGAUUUUGAAUCUCAGCAAGCCGUCUACUAUUUCCAUCCUCAGUAUCUCAUCAACGUCUCACGCUACUGGCUCGGUCAAGGGGUGCGUGCCAAACGGAUUAGCACGGGAUUGAUUCUGGUGACUGCUGCCCUGGAGCUCUGUGAAGAGGUCCACCUUUUUGGCUUUUGGGCUUUCCCCAUGAACCCCUCAGGGAUUUUUAUAACUCACCAUUACUACGACAAUGUCAAACCUCGCCCUGGCUUCCACGCAAUGCCCUCAGAAAUCUUCAACUUCCUCCACAUGCACAGCAAGGGGAUUCUGCGGGUUCAUACCGGGACUUGCAGCUGCUGUUGAUGAUGAUGAUGAUUAUUUUUCCUCCGAUGUAAAAGUGCAACAGGAACUCAGCGUCUAUGUUUAGUGUAGAAGAGUUUUAUUACAUCCUGAGAUUAUGCAAUAAUUGUUCAAUAUCGAUUUCUCAAAGCAUUGCAUCCCAUAGACGCUGAGAUUCCAGCAUCCUUCCUGCUAGAUGGGGUAGGGUUAUGUGAUUUGGGUGAAGUGAAACUCAUCCAUCACAGGCUAUGCACUGCCCUGGAAAUCAGAUCUAGAAGCACAUUUCCAAUAGGUUUUAGAGAUAUACAAAGCACAUUAGUGUAGCUAUCAUUUCACUUUCAGGAAAAGCACCAAACUGAACCCAUUGGGGAAAGCCAAUUUUAGCAUAUACUGCAGGGCAUUAGAAUGGUGUUUUGACUCAUAGACAACUGCGGACAUUGUUGAUUUUAUUGAAACUGCUGUUCUCUUGCAUUAGGGUUUUAAAAACAAAUUCUUUAAGCAUUAUUGUAGUUGUAAGGGGAGAGGUAUAAGCUGUGGUCUUUAUUGUGUAAUGACCCAUAGCAUCGAUGAAACAUGUCUGUGUAAUAUCUCAUGGUGAGGUUAGCUCAUUUGUGAGAAGCCAGGCAGGACAGAACAGGUGGUUAAACUGCAAUUCCCAGCAAAAUGUAACUGCACACUCACAGCUUCCUCUUCUUUGUUUUCCCACAUACCUCCUUGUGUCUUACACGCCUCCUUCCCUUCCCCAAACACGUUUUCUUCCUGCAGUCACCAGCUCUGGACUUCUGACUAUUUCUUAGCAAAGUAAUAUGUUGGCCCCAUAGAAUUCUGCCUGGGCAUGUGAAUAGUUCUCUUGAAGCCCAUAAGACUAUUCUACAUGAGGUGUGCAGAACUGAUUUUUGGGUUCAUAUGGCACCGACCAUAGGAGACGACAAGGCUCUUCUUGCAGAUUAUUUUUUCCAGAUGAUUUUGAUGAAGCACCAGAAUGAUGAGGUGCUUCCCCCAUUGGGAAAGCUUUCUAGUUAUUCAAUAUUUACAGCAGCUUUUGGAAAGUAAAUGCUGAUGGCUGGAGGGCUGGGAGGAGAUAGAAAUGAGGUUAAACAAUGGAGACACUUCUCAUAGGUCACGUGUGUUUAAUUUAAAGUUAUACAUUUAGAGACCUUAAGUGUAUUUAUUAGACAUUGUCUUCUGUUGAGGACACUGCUGUGAGUGUUAUCCCAUCUUAGCGCUAACCUACACUUAAAAGUUUUACCAUCAUAACUAUGUCAGUGAGGUCAGAGGGAUGUUUUUGCUCACAUAGUUAUCCUGGUAAAAGCCCUAGGGUAGCUGCAGUUUUAUAAAAGGUGCUUUAUACUGGUAUAGCUUAUUUCAGUUCCUGUACAGGAAUCAGCUAUCCUGGUAUAAGCACUUUCAUAGCGUUAUAGGUGUGUCCACUCUAGGAGCUUUUUCUGUUUAAACUAUGCUGCCAUAAUUCAAGUGGCAAAUCUUUGAAGUACAGACAAGCCCUUAAUUGAAAUGUUUAGCAGCCUCCUAGAUAGUAUCAGUAAUUUGAUAAACAUGUACAAUUUAACCUGGCUCAGUGUUUUCUAGGUCUAAAUAAUAUGGAGGGUGGACCCUGGGACUUGGCCUUCUCCCCUAGAUUAUCAAGAUUUGUAAAAUGAGUAGUUUAAUAUUUCCACAGGUAUCUUAUAUUUGCAAUAUUUGUCUCCGUAUUAAACUAGCCACAUCUCUUCUGGCCUAUAUGGGAGAUGCCAUUUUGGCAGUAGAUUAGAAAGCACUUAACCACUGAAAAACAAAGGUGUGAUUAAAGAGAGGUUAAAAGGCAUAGCAGAGAGAGAACCCUUCCGUUUAUUGUUACCAGUUCUGAUGAGGUCUAAUUCUUGAUCUGUUGAUGCCAAGUUAGUUUCAUACAUUGAACUUCAUGGAAUUUGUCUAGUUUGGGGGACAGAUUAAUUUAGUUUCCAGGACUUACUUUAAUGGCCUGUAGCAGAGAGCUAAUCCCGCACAUCCAGAGUUCUUAAUGACUUCAGGAUAUUCUGAUUCCUCAUCCCUAUUAGGGGUUAGGGUGGCCAGACAGCAAAUGUGAAAAAUCGGGAUGGGGGUGAGGGGGUGGGUAAUAGGCGCCUAUAUAAGACAAAGCCCCAAAUAUCGGGACUGUCCCUAUAAAAUCGGGACAUCUGGUCACCCUAUUAGGGGUAGGCCAAGGAUGUGGAAGUUGGAUCCAGACAAGGAUUAUGUAGCCAUCUUUUUCAGAAACCAAAUUUGCCAAAUCUGACAAGCUCUCUCCCUUCCCUGGCCUAGUCCAACACUAUUUCCUUCCCUUCUUCCUUCCCUCCCUUUUUCUGACCCUGAGAUCUUUCUUCCGCUGUUUGGAUUUAAUCCAUCAAACCUUUCUCUCCCUAGCUGUUUAUAAUAUUUCUAUCAAUUUAGUAUCUAACCCUUCUUACCUCCUUUCAUUCCAGUCUCCCUUUCUAAAGGCCCAUUUGAAGUCAAACAUAAACUUAUUGAUUCUAGUAGUAGCAGCCUGAAUUCUCUAUCUCCAUUGA